GAGACGAAGAGGAGCGAGUUGUUCAAAGUUGGCGACAGCAGAGGCAGCUGCGCUUUAGGCGCGCGUCUUUUUCAGAGAGUGGGUUAAGAGCAAGUACCCGACGUGCUUCCCUUCAAGAGCCGGCGCCUCUUCUUCUGCGAUCCUUGGAGGUCGGUGAGGCUGAGCUUCGGGCUCCCUUCGUUGAUACGUGAAGUCUGCGGGCGCUUCUGUCAAGCGCUCCUGGUGAGCUCGCUCGUGGCCGCCGUGCCUGCAUUGCGGGACGGCCGUUAAGACUAAAGCGAGACUCGGACGACCGCCUCCCUUCGUAGCUUCGCUCUGCCCAAUUCGGAGCCUUGUCGGUGGCGGCCUGACCAUGACCUCUGUGAGUGGCGGUGGCAAGAAGGAUGAGAAGGGCAAGAACAUCCAAGUGGUGGUCAGAUGCAGGCCCUUCAAUGCAAUUGAGCGCAAAGCAAACUCCUAUUCUGUGGUGGAAUGUGAAUGUGGAAGAAAAGAAGUUUCAGUUCGCACUGGAGGGAUGAUGGAUAAAACAUCAAGGAAGACUUAUACAUUUGACAUGGUUUUUGGAGCUCAGGCUAAACAAAUCGAUGUGUACCGGAGUGUUGUGUGCCCCAUUUUGGAUGAAGUUCUUAUGGGUUAUAACUGUACCGUGUUUGCCUAUGGUCAAACUGGUACAGGAAAGACCUUCACUAUGGAAGGGGAGAGAUCACCUAAUGAAGAAUACACAUGGGAAGAGGAUCCACUAGCUGGUAUAAUUCCUCGUACACUGCAUCAAAUAUUUGAAAAGCUUGCAGAAAGCGGCACAGAAUUUUCUGUGAAAGUGUCUUUGUUGGAAAUCUACAAUGAGGAGCUCUUUGAUCUUUUGAAUCCAUCUCCAGACGUUGGGGAAAGGUUGCAAAUGUUUGAUGAUCCACGUAACAAGAGGGGUGUAAUAAUCAAGGGUUUGGAAGAGAUAACUGUACACAACAAGGAUGAAGUGUAUCAAAUUCUAGAAAGGGGAGCAGCAAAAAGAACCACUGCAGCUACUUACCUGAACCAGUACUCUAGUCGCUCCCAUUCAGUGUUCUCUGUUACGCUACACAUGAAAGAAACAACAACAGAUGGCGAAGAGCUUGUUAAAAUUGGGAAGCUAAACUUGGUUGAUUUGGCAGGAAGUGAGAACAUUGGUCGUUCCGGAGCAGUUGACAAAAGAGCUCGUGAAGCUGGAAAUAUCAACCAGUCCCUGUUGACUUUGGGAAGAGUCAUUACUGCACUUGUAGAAAGAACCCCACAUAUUCCCUACAGAGAAUCUAAGCUUACUAGAAUCCUGCAGGACUCCCUUGGAGGACGUACGAAAACGUCUAUAAUUGCUACAGUUUCUCCAGCAUCGAUCAAUCUUGAGGAAACUCUGAGUACUCUUGAAUAUGCCCACAGGGCAAAGAAUAUCAUGAAUAAACCUGAAGUGAACCAGAAGCUCACAAAACGGGCGCUCAUUAAGGAAUAUACAGAAGAGAUUGAACGCUUAAAACGAGACCUUACUGCUGCACGAGAGAAAAAUGGUGUCUACAUUUCUCUGGAAAACUAUGACUCUCUUAAUGGGAAGUUGACAGUUCAGGAGGAACAAAUUGCAGAAUAUAUUGAGAAAAUUGGAGCAAUGGAGGAAGAACUGAAAAGAGUAACUGAGUUAUUCACAGUACAUAAAAGUGAAAUGGAGAAGUGCAAAACAGACCUACAGGUCAGGGAAAAAGAACUGGAAGCAACUCAGAAGCACUUGGAAACAACCAAGGUUCUUCUUGCUGAAGAAGAGUAUGUAGCAUCAUCUUUGGAGAACACAGAAGAAAAACUUCAUGGCACUGCUACUAAGCUACUUAGUACGGUCAAAGAAACUACCACAGACGUGUCAGGGCUGCAUUCAAAACUAGAUCGUAAAAAAGCAGUUGAACAGCAUAAUGCAGAAGCCCAAAAGACAUUUGCAGAUCACAUGAGUGCUCUCUUCAGUGAAAUGAAGAACUCUGUUAAUGAGAAUUAUUGGAAACAGCAACAAAUGCUAGACUCUUGCACUUUCUCCGUUGGUGAUCUUCUAUCUGCCAGCUCUUCAGCCUUUGGAGUUACUGCAUCAGCUAUAGAUACAGCAUUUAGCUCUCUGAAGCAGAUGGUUUCCACUGAAGUUUCUCUAGCUUUUGAAAAGAUACUGAAUCAGGAGUUUCUGACAUCUGAAAAUAGAAAUGAGCUGCAGAAACUAAUAGAAGAGCAUACAUCUGGGCUAGACCGAGCAUUAAGUAGUCUAUCACCUGUGUUGAAGCUUGUGCUGAAUAUGAACUCUCAGCUCCAGGAUAAUUUAAAUAAAUAUUCAUCCCUUGCCGAAAAGAUGACAGCCUAUAAGGAGGAAAUGACUGUGUUCUUCCGAGAUCAUUCUCUUGCUUUGAGUAAACUACAGGAAGACAGUUCCCAGAUGUUGGCUCAACUUCAGCAUGAUUAUGAGAGCUUACAGGAAGAGGUGGAGUUAACAAAGCUGUCACAUAAAAAGGCCAGUGCCCAACUCAUUGCUUCUCUGCAAAACCAGGUGAGCCUGCUAGACCAAGACACCCAGCAGAACCUUAGUGGAGUCCUAGAGAAAGGUGGAAGGGUGAAGAAGAAUAUAACUGCUACACACGAAAACGUAACUCUGCAAGCUACCGGCCUUCUCAGCUGUACAACUUCCCAGCACAGCAGACUGACUCUGCCGCUGGAUGAUUUUUCCCAAGAGAUCAGUCAAUCCAGCAACAAAAAUAUUAAGAUACUGUUGGAAUCAGCUGGUCACUGUGAGGACCUGGACAGCCGUCUGAAAAAUGUGUGCCAAGAAACAAGUAACUGGAGUGAAAUUGCAGCUACGAAGAUGGUCUGCAUUGCUGAUCAACAGAGAGCCUUCCUCAGCAGCAGAAAGGAUCACUUACAAAGGAUCUACAAAAAUCUAGAUGACAAUUGCAGCACAUUGGUUGCUGAAGUGACAGACCAUCUUGAUAGACAGAAAGAUACUGAAGAGGUUACCCUGAAGAGGCUCCUUGACAAAAUGCAAAAUGAUGAGAAUGUGCUCCUGAAGCAGAAAGAAGUGCUCCUGGAAGAAACAGAGGAUGGGUUAACUCGAAUUAAUGGCUUCCUGAGAGAGGAACUUAAAGUGGAUAUCCCAACAGGAGCCACUCCAAAAAGGAAAGAUUACCGUUACCCAGUGACUGUUGUGAAAACAGAACCUCGUGAUCUCUUGCUUGAAAGACUAAGGCAAAAGCAGAUGGAGCUCACAGCCACACUGAAAGCUACUGAAGACAUCUUGGAUGAGGUUUAUUUGGAGGAGGAAGAGGAGGAAAUAAGAGAGACCAAUGAGAGCCUGCUAAGUGAAAAAUCCUACUUGGAGACGAGUGUGUGUAUUCAGACAAGUGGUGGUGUGCCCUUCUUCCAGCAUAAAAAGAGUGGCAAAAAGAAUAAAGAGAACAAAUCUGCAUUCAUUUUGGAAAAGACCAAGGAUGAAGAUACAACAGAUGCAUGUUUGUCAAAGUCAAAAUAUCCAUUUAGAGUACAGAACUAAGGACUUACAACAUUUCUACUCCUGUUUCUCCCCUCUCAUGGUUUAUCAACCUGAGCUCUGUACAUAUUGCUAUAGUAUCAAUUUCAUACAUUAGCUGCAAAGCAAUCUGUCUGGUUUUUGUAUGCUAUAACUUGCUAUUUACGAUUUUUUUAACAUUAUUCUCUAAGUAAAGACCUUAAAACUCUG